AUGGCAGAAGCAGAUACUUUUAUAGGCUCAAAAGUGUCAGUACUCUUGCAGUCUGGCAUAAAAUUGGAAGGAACCAUCUCUUGCGUUGAGCCAUCUACACAGCUAAUGACAUUGAAAAAUGUAUCACUGCUCUUACCUGGCCAGAAACCUCUUCAGGCGCCCGUUUACGGUGUUUAUGGCAAAGAUAUCAAAGAUCUGCAAGUAUUAAGUGCUCCUCUCCAAUCACAGCAACAGAAACAACAACAACAGAGACAAAGAGAACCUAUCUUGGACAACCAUUUAUUAGAAGAUAUACCCCCACCAAAGCCUAGAGAUGAAUCUUCAGCAAAGACAUUAGAGACACCUAUGCGUUCUGCAUCUGCGUCAAAACCAAUACGCGACAAUAACUAUAAAAAAUCUAAACAGCAGACAGCACAAUAUCAUUCACAACCACUGUAUUCACGGAAGAAGACUUUUAAGGACAGUAACGGCAAUACGAACAAUGACUGGGCAAAAGAGAAUGUAGAAAUCUUUAAAGAAGAAGAAUUUGAUUUUCAAAAAAACCUGAAUCUGUUUGAUAAAGAAAAAGUGUUUGCAGAAAUUAGAGAAGCAGAUAAUACUGCUCAAGAAGAUUUGCUUGUGACAAUCAAUAGAUUACCACAAAAGAAUCAACAAUAUCUACUACAGCAAAAAAGACAAAUCAAUUUGCUACCGACAGAAAACGUGUUAGAACACGAUAAUCUUAAAGAUGAUGAUGAUGACGAUGAUUACUUUGAGGAGGAUGAAAGUGAUAAUGGCGAUUCAGAGACGCAGGAUGAGUUUAUGAGAACUACCGCUACUGCUACUACGACAACAAAGAAACGAAUGGCUUCGUCAAAUUCUAAGAAUUUAACAGCUAGAAUAGCAAAGAUUACAUUAGCAUCAAAAAGCAAUAGUAGCGGCAGUAACAGUAAUAAAAACCAGCAGCAGCUAUCAAGUACGACUAUAAAGACAACAAAAAUUGUUACAAAGAAUACGGGUAUUGCUUGCUCAACAGUCUCUCCUCUGCAAAUGGCUCGUGUAGAGCAUGAAUGUUCUCAGAUAUCUGAUUCUUUUGAUCAUCUUGUUGUUGAAAAUGGAGGUCGCGGAGCAGCUUCAUUGAUCCUGCAGCUUUUAAGUCGAACCGAUAUUGUUUCGCCUUCUGUCAAUAUUUUGGUAGGAAACACGAAGAAAGGUGCACUCGGUUUGGCAGCAGCCCGCCAUUUAUUCAACCACGGUUGUUCAGUCACUGUAUGUAUCAUCACAGCAAGCAGUGGUAAUCGAUAUCAACAGCACAAUUCGUUAUCAGACUUAGUUCGACCUUAUUAUAAUGCAUUAUCAUCUAUGAAGCAAAAGAUCGCUGAUAGCAACAGCAGUAACAGUGGUAGAGGAGAAGGCGAACUGAAAAUUACGUUCGAUUUUGAUACUGAUUUUUUAACAGCCCCUGAUUUAAUCGUGGAUGCUAUGCUGGGAGUAGAUGACAAUAUAGUGGAUAUGCAAGGUUCAUUUUAUUACGACGAAGUUUGUAAUGUUAUUGAAUGGGCGAACCGUCAACUCAAGCCUAUACUUUCUAUCGAAUUUCCAAGUGGUAUCGAUGCUGGUACAGGCAUCCCUUUGCAUCCAGAACAUAUGAUUCAUCCUAAAUGGACGCUUUGCCUUGGGGCUCCAUUGUCGGGCUGCAAAUCUUUAAACGUAACAGGAGAACUCUACUUGAUGGAUGUUGGCAUACCUAAGAUAUGCUGGCGAAAAGUGGGCAUGAAAGGCAACACAAUUCCUUGGUGUGCUGACUUUUUGGUUGCUUUGGAAUAUAAUACAACUGAACAGCCUACAUCGGCUCUUUUGUAG